AUGAGAAUUGUAGUUUGUGAUUUCAAGAUGCAUCGAAGAGCUUUACUAAAACAAGUGCUACAUGCAAAAGGUGGUGCUCCCGAUAUUGACUUAGAUAAAGAGGAUUUUGAGUUUUUUGAACGGAAAAGACGUAAAAGAGAAGAAGAAAAGAAAGCUGAAGAAGCUAAAAAGUCACUUCUAGACAAACACAAUGAACUGGUGGAAGCAGAAAUUGGCGACAAAAAUUCAACUGAAAGGAAGCGUGAAGAAGAACAAAAGUUACUGGAGAGCGUCGCUCCUGGAACAGCACUUAUGGCUGUCGCAGAAAUUGCCAAAGGGGUAAAAUAUGAAGAAUCAAUUAAGACAAGUUGGCGUCCUCCGCAACAUAUAUUAUCUAUGAAUGAAGAAGAACAUACAGCAAUGCGUCGGAAAAAAGGCAUUUUAGUAGACGGGGAAGAUGUUCCUCCCGCAAUUGGUAGUUUUAUCGAAAUGAAGUUUCCACCAUCAGUAAUCAAAGCUUUACGUGACAGUAAGAUCAUUUGUCCUACUGUUAUACAGAUGCAAGGGAUACCAGUCGCACUUUCGGGACGUGACAUGAUUGGUAUAGCUUCUACGGGUUCUGGCAAGACUUUGACAUUUGCGUUACCUUUGAUAAUGUUUUGUUUAGAACAAGAAGUAUCUUUGCCAUUUCGACAUGGAGAAGGACCUUAUGGUUUAAUUAUUGUGCCAUCGCGUGAAUUGGCGAAGCAGAUCCAUGAUGUCAUUGAAAAAUUGUUCGAAAAUAUUUGCUUAGGGACUAGAUUUCCGAAACUACGAGUUGGCUUGUGUAUAGGUGGAUUACCUAUUAGUGAACAGGCCAGAGUUUUUGAAAGAGGAGUGCAUGUUUGUGUCGCCACACCAGGUCGUUUAUCUGAUUUGUUAGGCAAGAAAAUAUUUAAUUUACAAAUAUGUCGAUAUUUGGUGUUAGAUGAGGCCGACAGAAUGCUUGAUAUGGGUUUUGAAGAGGAAAUACGUACAAUAUUUUCAUUUUUCAAGGGUCAGCGGCAAACUUUGUUAUUCUCAGCAACUAUGCCUCGCAAAAUACAGAAUUUUGCGCGAUCAGCUUUGGUCCGUGCUGUCAUUGUAAAUGUGGGACGAGCUGGUGCAGCAUCUUUAAAUGUUACUCAGGAAAUUGAGUAUGUUCGAACUGACGAAAAACUUACCAGAAUUCUUGAUUGCUUACAAAAAACAGCUCCCAGAGUUCUAAUUUUUGCCGAGAAAAAAAGUGAUGUGGAUAAUAUUUAUGAAUAUUUACUCGUUAAAGGAGUUGAUGUGGCUUCACUGCAUGGUGGAAAGGAUCAGAGAGAUCGACACACAGGAGUUGAUGCAUUUAGGCGGGGAGAAAAAGAUGUUUUGGUAGCAACUGAUGUUGCUUCAAAGGGUUUAGAUUUCGAAAACAUUCAACAUGUGAUCAAUUUCGAUAUGCCUGAAGACAUCGAGAACUACGUACAUCGUAUUGGGCGUACAGGUCGUUCUGGGCGGAAAGGAAUGGCGACAACUUUCAUUAAUAGAAGAGCAGAUAUAUCUGUGCUACAUGAUUUACGAGCUUUGCUGCUUGAGGCUGGUCAAGAGUUACCCGUGUUUCUUCGAGAUAUGGGUGGUUCAGAACUACAGCAGCCUAUUGAUUCUACUGAUGUAGAUGAUAAAGGUUGUGCCUACUGUUCUGGUCUGGGUCACCGAAUUACAAAUUGUCCGAAAUUGGAAAAUGUGCAAACUAAGGUUGGUUGUUUUUUUCUAUUCUCUACAGGGAUUUGUUUAAUCGGAUCAUAUUUCCGUUUAAAAUGCUUUGAAAAAUUUUGGAAGUAUAAACUGAGGAAAUCUAUGAGGCGGUUUUUUAAUCAUAGUGUCAAGUAUUUUUAA